GUUCCAACGCCAACUCAGGAUCUCAAUCUCAGAAAGCAAAGCGGGAGAGAUAGAGAGAGGAAAGCGAAAGAAAAAGAAAGCGAAGAGGGAGAAGAAUUCCGAGCCUAUCCCUUCUCCCUUGAUCAGAUCAAGUAUUCAAGAUCACCGUUUAUCCAAUCCAAUUAAUAUUCCUAAAGCCACCUUCUUCCCUCUCUCUCUCUCUUUCUUCUCUCCUCUGCCGCUUUCUUUUCUCGUAUUCGUCUUCCCCGUUUUCUUCUCUCUUGGGAUUAGGGUUCCGAAGAUGAGAGGCGAGGACCAGACCUCGAGGCUCUUCUACGAGCUCUGCGCCCUCCUCCUAACCAUCCUCCGCUCUCCCCACCUCGCGAUCCCCUCCUCCGACGCUUCCCCAGCGGAGGCACCGCCGUCUCCCCGGCCGCCGCUUGCGGCGGCGGCGGCGGCGGCAGCCAGGUCCCGCGUGGCGAGGAGGCCGCAGGUGUCGCCGGUGGGCUUCGCCUCGCUCCUCCUCGGGGCGUCGCUCGCGCUCAUGCUCUGCGGGUCGGUGACGUUCGUGAUCGGGUUCAUUCUGAUGCCCUGGGUGAUCGGGCUGGUGAUGGUGUUCUAUUUCGUCGGGAUCGUGUCGAAUCUAUCGGGGUUGGGGAGGGCGAUCCUAUGCCCCGCUACCCGUUCGCCCGCGGCUUCGUCGCCCAAGGACAUCUCCGGCCAACUUUUUUCCAAACUUCCAAUUAUUUAGAUGUGAAGUUGAAACUGAUAACAGAGUAGCUCUGCCACGGGUCCAUCGCAGCAAGACUUAUUUGCAGGCCAGUAUUUGACUAGAUCCAUCUCCAUUAAUGCUGGUUUAUAUCAUCCCCAAGUCUACAACUUUCUUUAAUUUUAAUUACAUGUUGUACAAUUUAUCAGUCCUUAUGUGUUAAAUAACUUAAAAUCUUCUGAUCAACAGUUUCUUUGUAGAAUGCAAUGUAUUUUGCUAAAAGGGAUCCUAUAUAUCCUGAUGUUUACCUGUGAUGGUCUGGU